CUCCGUUCAGUUCGCGGCAACGUACGUCGGAGAGCGAACGAACCGCGAUGCGCGCAAACAGCCGCUCGUACACACGUAAAUAUGGAGCUUUGAAAGAGAGGCAUCAUCCGCUACGCGUCGUCUAAGCAACGGACCUGAAUAAUCAGCGCCGUUUGUGCACGGCGAACGGCGGGAUUUUGUAAGGGGAUGCUGAGGCGGAUGACGAAAAUGUUGAUAACGUAGAGACGAUCGUCGCUAAUGCAAUCACACUGUCUUUUUCGUAUUUUUUGUAUAUACAGAACUUACGUAAAGGCAAAUAUUCGUGGAAUGUUUUGUUCUAUGUGGAGCGUCCCGGGAUAAGAUUUGGAGAUACUUUUCGGUAGGACCCGGCACGUGCUUCUAUGAAAUAAUGCAUAAGGUGACGCUUUGUGUGUUGCACGCUACCUUACCUACACCCGUUAUAAUGCAAAUACGGAAUAAAUUGCGGCAUGUGCGCACAACGUAUCCCUGUCAGAGGCGGAGAAUGGGUAAGUCACACGAUGUUUAACCAACACACGAGAUGCGCGUAUGGGGGAGCGCGAUGGGGGUAACGGCGUUCCUUAAAGUUUAACUCGUAAUUCGAGACCACGGCAGCGUGAAAAUCCGACACGCUGACGCAUCCCCGACGUACCCCCCGUUACAAAGCCGCGCUGAGUCGCGCUAAGACAAUGUCAAUUUUCCGUGCUGUAGAAACGCGUGGCAGAGCAGCGCACCUCAGCGUCGAUUGUUCUACGCAGACAGACCCGGAAAGAUUGUUUCUAUCUGUGAAAUCUGCACAGUAUCAUUGACAAGCUUAACACUUCAAAAAAUAGAUAAAAGAAACGAAAUCGUAUGGAUUACCUAUUGACAGAAUAAAACCCGCGUUUAGGGUUCCAGGGUUAAGAAAAGAAAUAUGGCUAAAAGUCCGGCGCGAACUUUUGAAGCCUCAAACACCUCAAUUUCCAACUGUUCUCGGAUCCUUUCGAUAGGGCCUCGUGAAGUUAACGAGGAUGAAUGACGCUGAGAUGUCAAAUCAGGAGAAAAAAGAACAUCGCGUCGAACAGACGAAGAGUAUCGCGCGGAGACAAACGGACGUCUCAGCGACAACUUCCGUGCGAAUGACGAGAUGCUCCGACGAAAUUCGUAGUGCUCGCUGAGAGGCAGCCCGCAUCCGCGACGGGUUUAUCAGGAUCAUUCGUCGAGACCACAAUCGAAUGUUUUUCGGUCUUCAAACAUUCGUCAGGUCUAAUUCCGCCGAAUCGAAAAUCGCGAGACCACGAGAAUGACCCGAAUUCAACCGUCGAAACCGCGACUUAUGGCCCGCGUGUUGGACGCGGUGAUGAGUAUCGGCGACAACAGGGGUUCAUCAGCUCACGAGGUCCUCAGUUUUAUCCGGCAAGGCAACGCGUCGUUGAAGAAUCUGACGCUGCAGGUACGUCGAGCGUUAAAACACGCGGUGAACGCCGGGCUUUUAAGGCACAGGAGCGGACGUUACAAGAUACUGGCCACUCUGAAUCCCACUCCUGCUCCUGUCUCAGUCGCGAAGGAGUCGAUUAACAAUGAUCAAAAGAACGAAAAGAAAACACCGAGGUCCGAUAUACAAGCAACAUCGAUAGACAAAACGAGAUCCUCCCGUCGAGCGCGCACAAAAGUAAACACUUCACGGAGACAAAUUGGCAAACACAGCGAUAACGCGAGGAAAAAAACUCAACGUUCAUCGCGUAUUAAACGAACUAGUGGGAGCACUCUGGAUCGCAAGCCACAAAAGCGUGCUCACGAGGAGGAGGAGUUCGAGGAUCAGUCGUCCGGACGAUACGUCUUGCAUGGUAGGGACGAAUCGUCAGAGCCGUUCAAUCGCAAAAGAAAACGCCCGAGAGUAUUCAAGCAAGAGUCCGAGUCCUCCGACUACUCCGACGGAAGCGAUCGCGAAAGUGAUGUGGACCGGAAGCACGUUUUUCGAGCGAGCACGUCGUCGUCGUCGCGUCGUCGGGAACCCAAACGGAAAGAGGCGCGCGCCAGAUCGAGGGGCAGGUCGACGUCGCGAGCUCGUAGCGCGCAAUGUGUGCGGCAGCAGCCGAUCGAGGAAGUAGAAAACGACAGACACCGGUGCGACGAGAAUCACGGGCUGGCGAAGCGCGACUCGGAGCGUCAAGAAUCGAGCGAGGACGCCGAAGACCGCCAGCCGAGCGGCGCCAAUGACGGUAACAGCUUGGAGAACUCGUGAUGCUGAUUACCCUUAUUAUGUUGCUGCUUGGUCUAUCCUUAGGUCGGGAACACACAGAGAAAUGUAAGCAGCAAAACUCAAGUAGUAAGCCGAUCGACCAGCCACAGUCGAUGAUUCUUCUUACGGCUCGAGAAUAGUCGAUUGGUCAACUUUCCUACCUGCUUUUAGGCCUCACUACUUACGUUUCUCUGUGUGUAUCCGAGCCCUUACUCUCCAACUAACGCGACAUUAUCUUCUAUUAUUUCUCUGGUGUCUGUAUAUCAGCGUAUCUAUUGUCUUCUACCUCCUUGUGAAUACCUUUGAGUAAUAAAUUGUGUAGCGUUUUGGUAGCGCAAA